AGGAACUAUGAACUGUCGAAAGUGAAAGUAGAAACUCAACAUGACCUACCUUCACUGGAAUGUAACGUCCUGGAGUGUUAAAAGAUAGAAAAUGCCGAUCCUGGCAACACUAAGAAUUUUCUCCUCAACAUCAAGGCUUCGAUUAUUUUCAUCCUUUCAAAAAGCUAUGGACAAUUUAGCCCCACCUAAACCAGGAGCGAGAUCUGCCAGUUCCUUUGUAUGUGAUAAAGCCUUCAUCAAUGGAGAAUGGGUAGCAGCCAGCAGUGGCAAAACAUUUGAAGUUGUGAACCCUGCCAAUGGUAAAGUUAUCGGCUCCGUGCCAGAUAUGGAUGCCACAGACACCGACAGAGCCAUCAAAGUGGCCUACAAAGCAUUCCAGAGCUGGAAGGAAACUACUGCAAAA